AAAAAGGCAAACCUGGGAGGCAGGCGAACAUAUCAAACAAACCCCUGUUCACGAUUCCACUCGUUUUCAAAGAGGCAUGCGCGAUUAGAACUCAGUCAGAUCAAGGGCUCCGCUCUACAGCGUGAUUGAAAUUUAAGGCAAUGAUCCCUCUUUAGCGGAGGCCGCAUUCACGGUAAACGCUGCAUAUGUCGGCUCAAUCGGAAAUGACCUUUACAUUUAUAUUGCGAAAUCUCUUUACGCUUCAGCUUUACAGAUUGAAUAGAACCCUAAUAAUAUAAUUGUUCUGAGCUUUGAUAAACGCUGGGAGCAAUAUCUAGAUGUUGACCCAUAUUUUAUUGAAUUUAUUGUGUAAAAUAAAAUCUAAUAAGAGAAAAUUACGGAGGUCCGGACCUCGGUGUCCUCAUAAGUAGCUAUAGCCAUCCAACGGAAGAGUAGGAUAUGAUGGAGAGAGACACCAGAAGAACAGGCCACACCAGAAGAGGAUAGACAAAGGAGAGUAACUAACAAUAACCUAAGACAGUAAAAGACAAGACACAGAGAAAGUGACAGAAGAGAUGGAGAGAGAUCGGAGCUGAGCAAUGAGAUGCAGCUGAGCAUUAUGAUGAAGGUGAAGAGUGGGGAGCUGACCAUCGAGGAUGCCCUGAACCAGGCCAGGAGAGACAACCAAGAGCAGGAACAGCUAGCUUCCCAGUACAACUUCAGUGUUUACAAGUACAACCGCUACAGAUGGCAGAAGCGCAUUCUUCAGAUUGACUUCAACACUAAAAUGGUGUGCAGCAUAGAGAAAGGCACCGUAAAGCGGCAGCUGCCCUUCCUGUGUGUUAAGAGCUGCGAUGACAGAGUUGGGGCCAAGUUCUCCGUCUCUUUCAGAGGAAGACAUGACUAUGAGCUGGAGGCCACCUCACUAGAGGACAAACACAAGAUGAUGCAGCUUGUAAACAAGAUCGUCUACAGAAACGUCUACAGCCAUCCAGUAGAGGGCAGUGAAGAGAAGUGUGAACGGCCUCCAGCACCAAAGACCCUCAUGGAGGGCCUGUUGUUCCUGCAAAGAGGAGGCUUGGCAUCGUUUAAAUGGGUGAAGUACGAGGCUCGCCUUCACCCUGGCCAGCUGAACCUGCUCCCCAUCAGCCGACGGGCGGUAGAUGGGGAGCAGUCCUUGCCAUUUGUCAUUAAUUUCUCAGACGGGGACAACAGCUUUGAGAAGCAGCACAGCUGUGACACCUUCACUCUGCUGACACACAAGAAUGAGUACCAGUUCCGGGUACCUGUGAGAGACCAUUCUAAGAGCACAGAAGCCAUCCAGAGAGAGAGGGAUGCCUGGGUCCAGGCCAUAGAUAAACUGUGCCUGGAUUGGAAACGCAAGUCUCAAUCUGAGCACAUCUAUGAGGAUCCUAGGGUUACAGAUCUAAGAAUCUAUGACAAUAUCAAAUACAUUAUAGAGAAGAGCAAAUCCACAGGCAGAGAAGGCUUCAGCGUAUCAGAUCCGGUGUUGGGUGCAGCAGAUCAGAUAUCAGGGGGAGGGAAGGUGCCAAGAAUUCCUACGACCUCUCCAGCAAAAGCUGUCCUGAAAUCUCGCAGCCCUGUGAAGUCAUCUGUGAAUGUCCCUGUCCCUGGUUCUGUAGUUGUCCCUAGUCAUGUGCCUGGUCCUGCCCCUGUCUCUGUUCCCACCACCCUUGUGAUCCCAGCACCCUCCUUCAUCCCUAUGCCUCCUCCAUUGACCUUUAAUGAACCCAGUAGAAAACCCUUAACAGAGCGAACCAGAGCUUUUCAUUGGGAGAAAGUUGGUUCGGAUAAGAUCGAGAAAUCAUUCUGGACACGGGGAAAUGCUGGGAAGAUUGAAAUUGACACUUCACGCUUGUACGAGCAAUUUGCAGUUCAAGAUUUGGGAACAUUCGGUGGGAUCACCGAGCACAGCAAUAGCUUCCACAUCAUGCUCAACACGAAGGUGGCGCACAACUUUAGUAAGUAGCUCCACAAUUCCUUGAGGUGAGGUGAUGGGCCAACUAUAUGCUCUUCAUUUGAAAUUGUUCUGGGGUUGCACACAAGUUAUAUAUCGGACCCAACAACAGAUUUCUUUGAAACGACUUGAUUACUGUAAUUGAGUUUUGGAAGAAGCAACACCUUUUGAAACCACCAGAUGGUAGUACUUAACAGGAAAGUCAAUGAGUUUAACAUUGGCUGUAAUGACUCACUCCAUCUGAUCUCUAUAUCACAUGUAUUUGCUUGAGAAAAGCUGCUAAACAUUUCGAACAGUAGCUACGUAACAAGACGCGAGAAAUAAACAACAUCAAAGCCUUAUUAGGUAAGUAUCGGAAUAGAAAUAGGCUUCGGCUCAGACUCGCAGUAUGCAUAAUGACAGUAAUUUAUUUAAUCUUUCAGCCUUCUCUAAAAUAUUCAUUUAUUCUGGGGGAAUACCUGAAUGGGUUAAUGCCAUGUGCCCUUCAUCCCUAUUAACCCUCCUUAUAGGCUAAUGUUGCUAGUUUCAGUGUAGAUACAGAGAUGGGCUUUCCUUCAGUGUGUGUCUACAGGGGGCAGUCUCAGUCUAUCAGGGCUUCGGUAAAGCUACAAUCUUUUUUUCUUCUUAAUUUAAUGGCUUUGACUGUUCAGCGGGGCAUCUAUGACUUGGCGACCUGAGACCAAUGGAGAAAGUGUGUGUGUGUGAGUGAGAUCGAGGUAGAAAGAUUUCAGAGUUCUCUUCUCGCGGGGCUUCAAAGUGACACAGAAAGCGUGACGUGAUCCACAAGUGGUGCAGCAUAAAGGGUUUUUAAACUACAUCAGUACAAGUGUGCAGGCUGGCAACACAAUUAGAGUACGCAUGGCCAUGAAAUAUGGAGCCCCCGUGCGACAGUCGCUAAGAGUGUCUGUCAUAGGAAUAGACAGGAUAGGAUAAACUCCAAGUGUGCUUCUCUCCUCUGUGCCCUGGAAAGUUGUGCUCUGACAGGGCCCUGUGCUUGGUAACUAACACCUGCGGGCAACUCCAGGCGAUGCGGUUCUCUGCCCUCAUGAGGGAUAAGGGGGUUGAGGAACACACACACACACACACACACACACAGAUUAUGAUUGUUUUUGACGAGCUCUGCAUGUUUAUCAGCAGGAUCUCUGCUGACUAGCUGUUAUCUAUUAUUUUCUUGUUGCAUAGGGACAGUAUGCAUGACAGGAUUUGCUCUGUUUAUCCAAGGAGCUGUAGCUAAUACUGUCUCUAGAUACAUUCAGUACAUCUUCUGUUAGUGCCUUGUAAGUUACAAUCAAUAAUUUAAAACAAUAAUUAAUGGUUCUUACGGUAAAACAGUUAUGUACUGUAUUUGCAAUCAUAACACUCUUAUCCAUAAUGACAAAGUACUAUGCAUAUCAAAUAACAUUGUAUUAGUCACUUGUGCCAAAUACAACA